AUGUUAGUCAUAAAUAGGCACUUUUGUCGACUAGCGGGCGCCGCUUACAAGGGACCUAGGGUACGUUGGAACUAUGUUGAAUAAACUGAGUUACAUCCUAAAACAUGCGUCUCACCGAGCUAUUUGGCUCCAAAUAAUGUCACAUGCAAACUGAUUUUCCUCACAUGUUCACAUAACUCUUUCAAAUUAUUCUCAUGUUUCAUUCAAAAACACCAAAUUCUAAGAAACCCUUCAUGACUCAGUCUUAUGUUUUCCUUCAAAAGUCACUAAACUCCACUGGCCAUCCACUUCGUUUUUCGAGCCAUUAACGAUGAAGUGUCUUUAUAAUAGUUUGCUCCACUUUAUCUAUGUUUAACGGUGUUGGCUUGGUUACGGAAGGGAAAUCUUUUUCGGGUUUGUUCGUUUUAAGCAUUCUGACUAGUACUUAAUCGGCCUUCAAUUACGCAUAUAGAUGGUCCAAACGAGUGUUGCCAAACGACAGAUAGAUGUUGCCAAGCUGAACCAGGAAGCCAAACGUCUUGGCUUUGAUGGACCCAUCUCUCUCGGCACAGACACCGAUCUAAGCCUUGAACAGACCAAUGAGAGCCGGCUUCCGCGGCUUAGACAACUAAAUUCGUGCUGGGAAGGACUGAAGAGGUCCGUUAGGGGAAAACAGCUUCAACUCGAAGAUGCCAUUAGAGAGGUAGGUCUCCAUUCGUUCAUGUAAAUUUUUGGUAGCCAUAACUACGCUGUUUUAUGUGUAUGGUGUACCCACAUUGUCCAGAAAACCUGUGUAGACCGCUUUGCAGUAGGCCAUAGAUAGCGGGUGUGGAUGACGAUUUUAAGUUUUGCAUACUCCCCAUUUACGUGUUUUAACAGGCCCAGAAGUUUUACAGUCAAUUGGACGAACUCAGACGCGACUGUCACGUCCUUGAGGGUCAUAUUCCAGCUUCUGGCACUCGCAUUAUGGGUGGUCUUCCGGACAGUGCGAAACAAAAGCUCGGCCAAUUUAUGAAAGCCUACAAUGCUAUUGAAAACCUCGGAAAUCAGGUAAGCAGCCAGGCAGCCUACUAGUAACUUUUCGCUGCCGGGUGUUUUAUAUCACAGGGCGAAUUUUCGCCGAUCCGGUUACAGGACAUGCUGUUUCCGUUGCACCUUAGAACUCAAUCUAGAGUCUACUUGGGCGCAACGGAAAGAGUUUGUCCUGUAACCUGAUCAGUGAGCCUCUGCCCCACGCUGUUAAUUAUUCUCGAGCGCAACCGACAGGACAGCGGGCCUAUUUCUCAAUUAUUAGAUCAGUGAAGACAAAGACAAGGGAGAUCGGAAUGGCCAUUACGGCUUAUUGGCGGCCAUCAGCCAGUCAUACCCAACCCCAAGUGUGGAUCACUUGAGAUUCGAACCCGGGAUCUUUGGUCAUAGCGUUUGACACUUUACCGUUGAGACACGGGCCCGUUGUCCUGUCGGUUGUGAUCGGAAUAUCAAUUAUGACAGUGGGCGCUCACCGAUCAGGUUACGGAACAUGCUCGUUCUGUUGGGCCUUGGGGCUCAUACCUGAACCGUCGCAGGCAGUCGCACAGCUACUAGUAGUAGAUGAGAUUGUGCCGACAAAGACAAGGGAGACCGAAAUGGCCAUUUCUGGUUUAAGCCAGAACGGACACCAAAUUUUGUCGAAUGCUUCCGUAUGUCAAGAACGUUUCGGAAGCUGUCGGUCGCCUUCUUGCACCACUUUGGUUUGGAUUUGCACACAGGCCGGAGGCAACCGUCAGGCGUCAGGUAAUGAAACCGAAAGACUCGCUGCCACGGCAAGAAACGUCUGGAGUCGUUCAUCGGAUCAGGACCGAAAUUCUCGCAAGAGGUGUCAAUCGCGUGAGCCGGGAGCUGCUUGAGUCAUGGUUUUCUGGCCCCCAGUCCAUAAAAAAGUGCAGUGACCUUCCCCUUCCAUACUCAGUGUUGAGACUUCGCCUAGGUGGAGUAAUUAGUGACGCGGGAAGUGCACAGGUGAACACUUUUCCCAACGCCAGGGUCGGUGGAUCAGAUGGUCGAGCAAUCAUCACAUCAACAUCCAACGCACGUGCUGGAAUUGCAGAAAUUAACGACGCGAAUGUCGGCCAUCAAAUAGUCAGCACACCAAGUGCAACUAUCCCUAAUGUCGGGGUGAGCCGUGAAUAUUCAUAGGUAUGCGGUAGCAUGGCGACUGCGUCCUAUAAAUACUGCAGCCCCUUGUGCAUGAACCAUUCGUAUCUGGUUUCAUCUCUGAUGAUGGGUUCGAGCAGGAAUCCGAAACGUCAGGCUAAUAAGGCUCUUGUCCCAACGAUCAUGUAUUAUCACUGUUUUUCACCGUACCCGUGGUAUAAACAGCAAACUUGAGAGAAUUAUCACAAUCAGCAGCGGAACUGUCCACCACGCUUUUCGGCCUUUUCAUGCGCGCCCGAACUCCGUACUUCUAAGAUAAAUUGAUAACAACGUCGAGAUCCCAUCUCGAUAAAAACCCAUCGGUUGUAACCUAGGCGAAAAAUUGCUGAGCUUUGUCGAUUUUGAGAGCAACUCGGUUAACGAGUGCUAUAAUUUGGGUUGCCGUCACCGAAUUGGCCGUUGGUGAUAACCAUUCCUACCUGUACAUAGCGUGACAUUUACAUUGCGCCCUAUUCCCAGUCCAAACGUUAGACAGCCAUAUACUUACCAUUUUUAGUAUUCGAUAGUAUAUAAAACUACUUUGUAGUGAAUUGUUUUUUGUGCUGAAAUUUGCAUAUACUCAUCCUAAAACUGAACUUGUGUACGCGAAAUUAAAAAGUCAAGUGGCAAACAUGCCCCCAGUAAUUCACCUCCAGCGCACCAGCUAAAUGGAGACCGAACCUGUGAGCUGUGGACAGGGUUUAUAUGUCUCGGGUUCAGGGUUAAUCACGCUCUUCAUUCUCACGCCGCCUGCAUGACGGAGUCAGCAUGUUGAGGACGCCGGAGCUGACGGAGGGGUGGGGGUGGGGGUAACGUGUAAGGUUCGGAUUAGGCUUUGAGCGCUACCUGUUUGCCAAACACGCGGAGUCCGUGACUUCUCUCAGGGGGGUUGGGGCGGCGUUCGAUCACCACCUGGACUCAGCCAGCGAAGACAUACCGCCUGUAUCAACGUCUUCUGACAACUGGGCACUGGAUUCGCUGAGCGAAUAACCACUGCCUCGGCUGCUACUAGCACCCGUUUGCAUGCCUCUAGAGCAGAUGCGUCUCACUCCAGCCACCAAUCCCUGGACUAGAUGCUUUAGAGUUAGGGGAACAAAACUGAAGAUUAGUGUAUUGUCCCGUCUAGGUCGUCUUCCGGAAUACCUUGCGUUGGAUAGACCCAUCCUCUUGUCUGGACAUCGAGGAACACGAUUUCGUUAUUCGCCUCAGUCUCUGCAGCAAACUCCAGCAAAGGGUGCGUCUUGUUAAACUUCUAACAAGGCCUUCAAUGGCGGUGGUAUAACUUGCCAGGCGGAAGAUAUCGCCCAUGUACCGACCGUAGAAAUCAAGUUCCUUAAUUGUAUCCUUGAGACUGGUUUGCUUGAUCUUGCUGAAGACAUUUGUGAGAAACGGUCCAAGCGGUGAACUCGUCGCCACACCGUCUACUCGCCUGUAUAACUGCCUGUUGCAGAGAAACUGGACAUUCGUGUGCAUUGCGUAAGAAGUCAUUUUAUGAUUUCCACUGUCAUACCUACCUGGUAAUUUGUUUCCGGAAGAAAGUCGCAUAGGUUUUUUGUGUUUAUUGCGGGUAAUAUGUUGAACAGUGAUGAUACAUCCAAUAACGGUGUCGUCCGUCAGCCAACGUUAAUAUUCUUGACAGACUCGGCAAACUCAAAAGCGUCUUUUAAACUUCCUGAAUACAAGCAAUUUUGAAGCGGCGUACCUAAGGCUUCCCACGAGACACAUAUAAACCCUGUACAUGGCUCAUACAUUGUAGUGUUCUGACGAUGAAAUGCCGAAAACAUAUUUCGGUAAAUUGACUUUGCAAUCGUAACAUGGGAAUUUUCGGAGUAUGCGAAAUUGUCGAAGUUUUAUUUAAAAAACAGGCGGUCUUGCUCAGACUCAAAUUUUUCGCAUCUUUUUCUGCCGCCGGCAGCUGAAUGGAUCUGAGGACCAUUCUCAACAUUUUAGCCUUCCAGCAGUUGGCCUUUCAGUUGUGAGACAGAUGUCUAUCAGAGAAGUCUGUGGAAAGCCUACACUCCUCUAUGCUCUUGAUUUUCUAAGAUGUAUUCAAAUGCGGACAGGAAAAGUCGUAUCAAUGUAAUUUUCACAUUAGAUAUUGGUUUCACUUCCACCUCAACCUCCGAGAUCGACAAAAAUAUGCGUAUGCACCGACUUGAGAGACUCAGAAUAAACUUGCAGUUUUUAGAAAGUGGCCACUGCGCCCGCGUUCUUAUAAGACCGCCCUGUUAUAGCCGCUGAUCUUUGGCCUCUUUUUAGGUGGACGAUCUCCGCUGCUCCUCUGCUGGUCUUCUAGCCUCGGCAGAGCCAUCCGGUACGCGGAAACGCCUCUCCACCCAGUUGGAUCGCUUGGGCAACCGACAGGUCGAAUUACAUACACAAGCCAAGGAGUGGCGUUCCACCCUGGAGGCCGGUUUAGUACACGUGGACAACUUUCACAGCGCUUUGGGCCAGUUUAUUCAGUGGUUGACGCAGAUGGAGCGUCGCGUUGCCCAGUUUCCCCCUGUCAGCCUUCUUCUGUGUCGUUUGGAAGAGCAGAUCCCCGAGCACUCAACAGUGCGACGCGAAUUGACCGGUCAACGUGACACCCUCCUCAGCCUCGAUCGUUCCGCCGUAUACAUUCAGACUCACGCCCAGGAACUGGAUGUGGCAUUGGUCAAGAAUCUCCUCUCCAGCACCCACGCGCGCUGGGAAAAACUGCUUAUGCGCAGUACUGAACGCAGCCGGGCUCUCGCCUCUGCUUAUAAAGUAAGUCAAAGACAAGGGACCUUGAUUUCUGCUGGUCGGAAUUCGCAAAGACGGAAAACAUAUGGGUUAAAAUUCUCUCGAAAGCAAACCUGUCUGUGCUUAUAGUGCUCUCCACCGUAACCAGUCCAUCCUAACUUUUGGCUUCGCCACCGAGAGAGGCCCUUUCCUAGGCCUUUCAGAAAUUUUUGUGUCAACUUUAUUUCCCUUUAUCUGAUCUUCUAUACUUCCUACCAAUAGUACACUGGACGCGAGAAAUGUUACCUAUAAGGUUGUCUCGAGCGUACUCCGGAAAGGUUGUUUUCAGCAACAUUGCGGCCACACAGGAAGACGGAUUACGCUUGUACACAAGUCACCCGAACAGGAGCGCAAACAUCCGCUUGCCAAGACACGCAGAGGGGAUGCACACUGGGCGAAAUCAGCCGGCACUUUAAGUCUGCUUGCAAAAACAACUACUACUAACAUUAUGAAACGGUUCCAAUAGCAAUAACUGCUAUUACUGUUACUAUUCUAACUACUGUCACUAGUACUACUAUCAUUAAGAUAACCGAUACGCAUUUGAAUACUAUCACUGUGACCAUAUUUACUACUAUUAUCACAAUGGUCACCAAUACGACUGGAAAUUCUACUAAUAUAAAGACGGUGAUUAUUGCUGCUACUGCGAGUACUUGAAAAUCAACGAUUACGAUGGCUAUUACCGCCGAUAGCCCUGCCGUCAUUCUUAGGGGUAGACUGGAUCGAUGGAACAAUAAUUUCCUUUUCAUUCGACCCAAUUAUGAAAUCUUUGGCGGCCUCCUUGGGAUUCAAACCCAAGACAACAAGGGCAAAGCUUGAGCACAGCCAACGCUCUUACCGCCUGCGCUAUAAGGCUGGUCUUUGUGCAUUCCAUAUUUCCUAUACCCUACCGUAAUCAAAUGUUGUUCGUCGUAGGCGAAUAAUGUGAAUCCCAUACUUCCUAGACCCUACCGUAAUCAAAUGUUGUUAGAGUCGUAAGCGAAUAAUGUUUUCCAUAAUAGUCAAAUGAGAUAAACGCCUGGGAUUGUUAUUUAUUAUCGUGUUUAUCAUCCCCCGAAGAAAACGAAGAAGAGAAGGCGAUUUCAUGGACCAGUUUGUAUUUAUACUGAUGUUUUGGAAACUUUCUCGUUAACAUCGUCAAAGUCACCCGCUGGCUUUUCCUGCUGACCUUGAUUUGUUUAGCCUUGCCGCCUGCCUCGUGUUAUAAUCGUGCUGAACGCACGUAUGUUGGCUGGUUCUGGCCUGUCUGAUUUCGACCAUUAGUGGACUUGCGUGGCUUGUGCCCCCUUCGCGGCUGUCGCUAUAUCAGCGUGCUCUUCACCUCCCCUUUUUGUCUAUGCGCAGCAUACCUUAGUUUUUUAAUUUUCUGCUUUUCGCUCGUAGAGAACGAUCGAAUGGCGAGAACAAAGAUUUGCAGUGCCCUGAUGCUCUUCGGAGCAGGUUGCGAAGUUAGUCCUAGGUUGGCUAAGACGACCCGUCAUCAUUCUAUCAAAAUGAGACUCCCCUCUCGGACUGAUAAAUUUGCCGGUCACCUGCUUUGCGAGGGACAAAGUGCGUCUCUUGAUGAUGUUGACAAAGAUGGAAUAACAAAAACUGGUGCCAGUUUACAGGACACACAAAAUGCGUUUGAUCAUAGGGCUUUGUUUUCGGAUAAAUAGCACAAUAGGAAGGAUAUGACGACCGAGAAAUGCCUGCGUAUGGACCAGGGUGACUGCGAACGUGGUUAACCGUCGAACACAAAUUGCUAGUUGGCGAACUUAACUCGUAAGUUGAUUAAAAGAAUACAAACGAAUAAUAUUCCAGUUUGACUUAGUUGGGAAUUACAGUAAAAAUGCAAAGUUAGCAAAAUGAGCAAGCCGCAGGCGGGCUGAACGGAUUUCCACCCCCAACCUUUCGAAAACUUUUAACCGAUCCACUAUUAUGCCUGAUAAUGCCAGUGUACUGUUUGAUUGCCUAACAAUUUUGUAUCCGAAAUAGGGGCACAAAUCAUUGACUUGAGGGAGUUCAGUCCAACCAUUGACCUGUUUGAAGCUGAAGGCGGCAGUAUAAGUAUUUUUCUACCCUUCCGAAGGAUGGCACACAGCUUUGAGGUUUCAAAAUAUACACCACAUCUUGUGAAGAGUCCAGUACCCGCAUUUUUGACGAAAAGUUUUUAUUUUUGCUGUACAGGAGGCCCAGAAAUUGUUGAAAAAUUGGCAGGAGCUCACUGGUUGGCUGAACGAACAACUGAACAUUCUGGAUGACGAGAACUGGGUGCCCAGCACAAACACCGAACGUUUGCUCCGCGAGUUGACACGGCAUCGCGAAUUCCAGCGAGAACUUGGAAUCCGCAGUGCUGCGUUCGACAGCACGCGACGCCAGCUACAGAAGACAUAUGACAGAUCGCCGGCAGAUGACCAUGCGGAGUUGGAGGAGAUGCAAUCUGAACUAAAGCAUCUCUGGAAUGCCGUCUGUGCCAAGUCCCUCCAAAAGUUAGCUACGAUUUGACGAAAAACACGCAUUAUAUCUGUGCAUGUUUGUUUUUUUUACAUUUUGGCCUAUGUUUACGUAGCGAAACUCGCUGAGAAACAGGCUCUGAAUUGUUUUUUUUUAUUUUCAGGCAAAAGACCCUCGAAGAACUUCUCCUACGUUCGGGUCAGUAUAAGGACGCUCUAGGAUCUCUUUGUGAAUGGAUGACGAAGCUGGAAGCCCACUUUAAGGAAGAGGAGGAGGGAGGCUGUGGUGGCGAUGUCGAAUCUGUUAAAGUACGUAUUCCUUGCGUCCGUCACGCCUAAAGCAAUGCACAGCGCUUUGAAGAAAAGUACAAAAUUAUGCGAUUGCUGAGACAUGGUUGGAGAGAAAGGCAGACCUUUGUUCACUGAGGAUUUUCCCUUCGAACUUAUGACAAAAAGUCUCAAAUGGCGCGUCCGACACACAAGCAAUUGGCGACCUUUGAAAUGAACUUUUUACCGUCUCUUCCUGUCCUGGGCGCAGCUAACUUCAGCGUACCUGGGCUCAAGACCUGACCACAGCCAACGUUUUAAUUAUCUGGUCUAUGAGGCCCCCAACAGGGCCGUGAGUUUAAUCAUAGCUGGGUCAGUUUAUCCGCUCAACCUAUUGCAGCGUAUGGGACCCGACAAUUCUUUUGCAGUAAGUCGGGCCAGGAUUUCCUAAGCGGUCAGUCUAGAAUCCACCAGAUGAUUAUCAGGACCCACUUAAUCAGUGGGUGUUUUUUGGUGGUUUUGCAUAAUUAAUCUGAUCAAUCUUUGAAGAACUGAACGACCGCGGGAGGAUUCGAGUUAACGACAGUAAUAGGAAUACUUGAGCCUAGCUUACGCCCUAACCACUUAAUCUGCGAUGCCUCGAACGAAUCGGCACUGGCGGAUCCCAUACGGUGCAGUAGUUUUGGCGGGUAACUUGGCCUAAAUAUGAUUAAAUUCACGACUCUUUGUCGAGGUGAUUAGAGCGUUGAUUGUACUUAAUGCCUGCAUGUGGUAUCUUGGAUUCGGACCCUACCGAGACCACCACGUUUUUUACUAUCGGUUCAGAUGAAAAUGCGCGUUGUUUCUGCAAAGCAUGUGCUGUAAUUCAUAUGAAUUCAUGGCCACUCGAUAAGACAAACUGUGCAAAUGGUUGGAUUACUUUGUCUGAAGUAAUGUUUUCGCGGAAAGUAAAAACUCAAAACUGUUCUUUCUCCGUAUUCUCGCCUUCCAGACGGUGAGCAGUUUUGAAGGUGCGAAAUGCUUUAAAGACAUGCUCUUUUCUUGCAGCAACUUGAGGAGGCCCACAACUCGCUGGUGCAGCAGCUCAAUGACCGUAAGGAUUCCAUUACCAAACUACAAACGGCUGCAGCUCAAUUGUUGAGCAAAACCCGACCGUCCGCCUCUGCGGAUGAUCGGACGGAUUUGACCGAAUCUUUU